AUGGAAACUGACACCGGAAGAGGUCAGGAGGCCAGCAGCUCUGGCCAAAACUCCGGAGUAGAUCUAUCCGGUAUCACCCGCGGAGCAUGGAAGGGCUCCGAUGUAACACAGGCCAAGAUUGACUGGCUGUACCGUUCCCGGAGGAUACCGGCAGAAGUAUCCUACCGGCUUCCGCGCGACGAGACUGAACCGGCAAAGGAGCGCUUUCCUCGCAUCGCUGCGGAGCAGCGAGGCCCUUGCCGGAAGCGGGAUCUGGACACGGAGGACCCGGAUCCUUACGUGCACUGGACCGACCUCAAGAUGGGCCGCACCCACACCUCGCGCCCCGAUUCCCCCUCAGCCAGCACCAUCCCACAGGUUGUGGAGCGCGCUGUACCAAUACAGGCCGAGGUUGGCCGUGAGUUCCUGGAGAAACUCACCUCCCAGGGCAAGAAGAAGAAGGCGCCGGCAUCUGAAGCCGGCCCUAGCGAGGCUCCUCCCGCCAAGCGCCCCCGGCAAGAAACUGUCGGCGGGAAGGUGGUCUCCAAGAAGCAGUACAAGAAGCGGCAGAUGCCGGUUUCUUCUGGCAACACCGACGCCACCACGGAAGAUGCCGGGAGGGUGGAGCCUUUGGCUCCUACCGCCCCGAAGAAGAAGAAGAAGGACGCUAGCUCCUCUCCCUCCAAGACCGCGCCGGACUCUUCCGAGCCGGCAAGUUCCGCUCCGGCAAAGGAUGCUCCUGAGGCUCCCGCGCCAACCAAGACUACAUCAACUCCUCCACCUCCGGCAACCUCUACUGGCAAACCGGCGGCCUCCAAGCCGACACCGCGAGAGAGCGGCAAGCUCACCGCUCAGCAACUUGCUGCGGUGAUGACUGCGGCCACUGCUCCUUCCUCCGGCUCGCAGACGCUAGCUCUGCACGCCGGCCGCGCCGCCGUUGUGGCCGGUGAGACGGCCUCCGCCCAGGUAGGCCGGAUUACCGAGUUCCAGCGCGGAGGCGUUGAGCUUGGCCAUCUGCUUGAUUACGCUGAAAAGUGGAAUCAAGCGGAUCUGACACCGGCGAUGCGCGGCCUCAGCAAAGACAAGCUGCCGAUUGUCGAUCCUUCCGGCCCUCGGAGCACCGGUCAACAUUUUGGCCGGCUGCGACGCAGGGCUAAGGAGUUCGAUAUCGCGUGGCAUGAUGCUAGCGCCAACGUAUCGCUGUUCCGGAAGCCUCCAUCGACGCCCUCAAAACUCAGCUCGCCGCUCUCCAAGGAGCAGCUCAUCACCGCGCACCGCGGGGUGAAGGAUCAGGCCAUACAGGCUGAGCUCCGGCAUGCGCAGGAGCUGAAGGAGGCCAAGGCCGCAGCCGAGGCCAAGCUUGAUGACACCCUGAAGGAAUGUGCGGAUUCUACCGCGGUGCUGCGGGCCGAGCUGGAGGAGGAGAGCGGGGCGCGGAAAGCGGCCCAAGACCGGAUCGCCCUCCUGGAGGCAGAGCAGAAGGAAUAG